AAUAGAAAGAAAAAGCUUUAUCUUAGGGAGGGAGAGAGAGAGAGAGAGAGAGAGAGGGGCGUGCGAGAGCCGUUAUCUACAAGUCUGUCGUUCGAAACCACCCAUACAAAUAACGCAGCUAAGUUGAAAGAGAGAGAGAGAGAGAUGCCGACCUUGAAUCUGUUCACGAACCUGCCAGUGGAUGCAGUGGUGGCCUCUGACAUCCUCAAGGACGCCACCAAAGCUGUCGCCAAGAUCAUUGGCAAACCCGAGUCUUAUGUGAUGAUUUUGCUGAAUGGGGGAGUGCCUAUCACAUUUGCGGGCACUGAAGAGCCAGCCGCAUAUGGAGAACUGAUAUCCAUUGGGGGUCUUGGACCAAGUGUGAAUGGAAAAUUGAGUUCAACAAUUGCAGAGAUUCUUCAGACUAAGCUAUCUAUAGACAGCUCCCGCUUCUAUAUCAAAUUUUAUGAUGUUCAGAAUUGCAGCUAGCAUUAUACCUGUAUUGCUGUUUGCAUGGGAGAAUAUGCUUUCACCGGGCAUAAUUGGCAGGACAUUACUGGCAUUUUUGUUUGAAUGGAGUAGAGAGAGAGAGAGAGAGAGAGAGAGAGAGAGAGCAAAGGGAACCGUGGGAAAUUAAAAUUUUAAAUGUCAGCAGAGAUGCACAUUCUCCCAAGGAUCUGGCUAGUUUUCUGCUGAAUGCAAUGAAGGGUACUAGGAAACCCACUGUUUGACCGAAGUAUAGGUCAGAGUCUUAAAAGUAUACUCUUUAGUUAGUUUAUCUUUGAAUCUCCCUCCUCAAAGUUAUGAAUGAGGGUACUUAGAGAAAACAUGAGUCGAGAAAUUUUCAAGUUGAAGCUAGAGUUGAUCCCGGUUCCGGCGAGGGGUUUAGGUCCAAAUACUUAGAUUAAAUUAUUGUCCCUACCCCUUCUAGGGUUACAUUUUACCUAUGGAGAGUUGCAUCUUUUAGCCUGGUACGCAGCUGUAUGAAGUAAUAAAUGGGUUCAUUUGCCAUUGCAAUGAGUUUGUAUUGGAAACUAUAUGCUGUUGAAAAAUUAGCAUGGCACCAGUCAUUGUAUGCCGAAGUAGAACACCUUUUUCAGUUAUAUUGUAACAAACCAAGGAAGGCCUAAAUCAUAUUUGUACUUAUACUCGAAAAGAAUUAUUCAAGAUUGUGAGAAAACUCAAGCACUACAUCUCUAAGUGAGAUUAGCUCCGAUACCAUAUGUAAUGGUCUAGGUAAAAGCAUAAAUCUCACCCAGGUUUAUACUCCAAACAUACUAGUCGAUAUCACAAUUGAAGUUUUGUACAAUUAUUAGAAAUGGCAUAAAAUUCUCUCUCCUAGGGAACUUGGGUUCUUGUUCA